ACCCAUUUACUCUUGAGGCCUUUUGCAGGGACUCCUCGCGGCUUGCUCUUCGGCAAGAUGUUGGGGUUUCUGCAGCGCCCCGUAGUGGUGACCGCGGAUGUCAACUUGAACGUCGUGGCUCUGACGGCGGUGGGGCUGCUGAGCCGGCUGUGGCGCCUCGCCUACCCCCGGGCUGUGGUUUUCGAUGAAGUCUAUUACGGGCAGUACAUCUCUUUUUACAUGAAGCGGGUCUUCUUUUUGGAUGGCAGUGGACCGCCCUUUGGCCACAUGCUGCUGGCCUUGGGAGGUUAUUUGGGAGGAUUCGACGGCAACUUUUUGUGGAACAGAAUUGGAGCAGAAUACAGCAGCAACGUGCCUGUGUGGUCCCUGCGCCUGCUGCCGGCCCUCGCGGGGGCCCUGUCGGUGCCGAUGGCCUACCAGAUCCUGUGGGAGCUCCGUUUUUCUCACUGCGCCGCCAUGGGAGCCGCCCUGCUGAUGCUCAUCGAGAAUGCGCUGAUCACGCAGGCCAGGCUGAUGCUUUUGGAAUCGCUGUUAAUAUUUUUUAAUCUACUGGCCGUGCUGUCCUACCUGAAGUUCUCCAACUGCCAGAAGCACAGGCCCUUCUCCCCGAGCUGGUGGCUGUGGCUGGUGCUGACCGGAGUGGCCUGCUCCUGCGCCGUCGGCAUCAAGUACAUGGGCAUUUUCACUUACUUGCUGGUGCUCGGAGUCGCCGCCGUCCACACCUGGCACCUGAUCGGAGACCAGGCUCUGUCAAACGUCUGUGUGCUGUGCCACGUGCUGGCCCGCGCAGUGGCUCUGGUGGUCGUCCCGGCCGUCACGUACCUGCUGUUCUUCUACGUCCACUUGACGCUGCUCUGCCGCUCCGGGCCCCACGACCAGAUCAUGUCCAGCGCGUUCCAGGCCAGCCUGGAGGGGGGGCUGGCUCGGAUCACGCAAGGCCAGCCCCUGGAGGUGGCCUACGGCUCACAGGUCACCCUGAAGAGCGCCUCGGGCAAGCCUGUGCCCUGCUGGCUCCACUCCCACCCGAGCACCUACCCGCUGAGCUAUGAGAAUGGCCGGGGCAGCUCCCACCAGCAGCAGGUGACCUGUUACCCCUUCAAAGAUGUCAACAACUGGUGGAUUGUCAAGGACCCCGGGAGGCACCAGCUGGAGGUGAGCAACCCGCCGAGGCCCGUGCGGCACGGGGACGUGGUGCAGCUGGUGCACGGCAUGACCAGCCGCCUCCUCAACACGCACGACGUGGCAGCCCCCCUGAACCCCCAUGCGCAGGAGGUGUCCUGCUACAUCGACUACAACAUCUCCAUGCCCGCCCAGAGCCUCUGGAGGCUGGACAUCGUGAACAGAGAGUCGGACGCCGAGAUUUGGAAGACCAUCCUGUCGGAGGUGCGCCUCGUGCACCUGAACACAUCCGCCAUCCUGAAGCUGAGCGGGGCCCACCUCCCCGACUGGGGCUUCCGGCAGCUGGAGGUGGUCGGGGAGAAGCUGUCCCGGGGCCACCACGAGAGCGCCGUGUGGACCGUGGAGGAGCACCGCUACGGCAGGAGUGAGUCGCUGACCCACGGGCCCUGGGAGAGGCGCACAGCUCCCACGCUGUCCUUCAUGGCCAGAUUCUCGGAGCUGCAGUGGAGGAUGCUGACGGUGAGGAGCGACGACUCGGAGCACAAGUACAGCUCCACGCCGCUGGACUGGGUCACCCUGGACACCAACAUCGCCUACUGGCUGCACCCCAGGACCUCUGCUCAGAUCCACUUGCUGGGGAACGUGGUGAUCUGGGCUUCCGCCGGCCUCGCCACUGCGCUGUACGCCCUGCUCUUCUGCUGGUACCUGCUCCGCCGCCGGAGGCGUGUCUGUGAGCUCCCCGAGGAUUCCUGGCUGCGCUGGGUGCUGGCCGGGGCCCUGUGUGCCGGCGGCUGGGCGGCAAACUACUUCCCGUUCUUCCUGAUGGAGAAGCAGCUCUUCCUCUACCCCUACCUGCCCGCACUCACCUUCCAGAUCCUUCUACUGCCCGUGGUCUUGCAGCACAUCGGCGAGCACCUGUGCAGGUCCCAGCUCCACAGGAGCCUGUUCGGCGCCCUGGUGGUGGCAUGGUACUCGGCCGCCUGCCACAUGUUUAACAUGCUGCGCCCACUGACCUACGGGGACAAGUCGCUGUCACCCAGCGACCUCCAGGCCCUUCGCUGGAAAGAGAGCUGGGACAUCCUGAUCCGCAAACACUAGCAGGACUGGCAUGAGACAGCCGGGGCCGGGACCGGGACACGCCUGGGGGAGCCGGCCAGGCCGGGCGGGGGCUCUCCCCUGGUCCCCUUCACCUUAUUCUUAUGCGAACAAUAAUGAACAUGCUGUGCCC